AUUACAUAAAUGUACAUUAUAGGUUGCCCAUUUUUACAACACAAUUGACCAGCAAAUGAUUCCAAGCCAGAGUCCACUAAUGUUGGAAUCUGCGCUCAAUUUUGAACGGAUUAUCAAAAAACCUAAAGCUAGUAGCAAGGUGUCCAACGAUGGCCAUGUACUUAUAACAUGGGACAGGCCCGAAGAAUUAGAAGAAUAUAUUGGCAAGUUACAACAAGCAGCUGAUAAACUUACUACAGAAAACAGAAGACUCAGAAAGCAACACAGCAUCAUAUGUGAUAAAAUUUGCAGCCUUAUGAGCGUAGACUUACUCCGAAACCAACAAAAAUGGAAAGACUCUCUUUCCGACGUCCGGCGUAUUAUCUCGGAGGUCCAAUGCAGAGAAGCCGGCGGAGAAGAGCCUUCUGUUCGACCAUGGAGAGCUCAUUGGAAUCGUCAGAUAUACAAAGCCUUAGAACAUCAAUACCAAAUGGGUCUACAAGCUCUUAACCAUAACUUACCAGAGAUUAGAGUGGAUUUAAUGUUCAGGUAAAGAAUUGAGUGUUUUUAUUGCAAUUAUAUCUAGUGUUAUAUUAUGUCAUA